CUGGGAAGGGACAAGGGGCAGUAUUUGAAAAUCUAUGGAGCAGAAUUCCUGUGUGGAAGGCAAGGCUCUCUCGCUCCCUCCUCCCUCCCUCUGCCCUCAUUGAUUUGAGGCGGGGAGGAGGGAGGCGGGGGAGGCGCUGCCUGGGUGGUCUCUUCUCUCUCCACUUUGGUGAGCUGUUGCUUAGCAGCUAAUAAUAGGAGAUGUUUGCGGAGUAAUUUGCCUCUUCCUCGGCCAAUGGGAACUGGAGCACUUUCCCAUCAAACCAAACCUUCCUCCCCCCCCCUUUUUCCUCUUUUCAGGAUCUCGAAGGAGGCUGUUUGUUCCAAAUGUUGGUGGGACGGGUUCCGAGGCGCACUGCACAGCCGGGCACCCGAGCGCUUCUCCUCUCGCCCUCGGAGGCUGCGUGAGUGCUUACUCCCGGUCUCCCACCGCGCGCCGAAGGGCCACGCUGGGCGGCGCCAAGGGCGCAUGGGGUGCGUCUGGAUGGCCCCGGAUUCGCCCCCAUAAUGUUCGCAGGGGAUCCCCGCAGAAGCCAUUCUGAAGCCUCGGACCCCGCACUUUUCUCUCGUGGAUUACCGCUCUUGGGAAGCCGCCGGAGCUCCCUCGCUUCACGGCAGCACCGUCCUCGUUCGACCCCGCACCAUGGCUUCGGGUCAGCCGGUCCCCGGGAGCGGGGGCUUCUUUGGAGAGCUCCCGUCCUCUUACGCAGCUGCUGCCAACUCCGACCUCCUUCGGAGACCCAGCUAUUGCCACGCAGCCUUUGCCCUCAAGCAGAUCUCCAAGGGUAAGGCUGUUGGCCAGAAAGCCCCACUGUGGCUGCGGGCCCAGUUCCAGGCUCUGUUGUUUACACUGGGCUGCUGGAUCCAGCGUCAUUGUGGCAAAGUGCUUUUUGUGGGGCUGCUGGUCUUUGGGGCAUUGGCAGUAGGGCUGCGAGUAGCCUCCAUCGAGACUGACAUUGAACAGCUCUGGGUAGAAGAGGGCAGUCGUGUCAGCCAAGAGCUCCGAUACACAAGAGAAAAACUUGGUGAAGAAUCUCUCUACACAUCCCAGAUGCUAAUACAAACUCCCAAACAGGAAGGAGAAAACAUUCUAACUCCAGAUGCCUUGGAAAUGCAUCUUGAAGCUGCUUUGGCUGCUAGUAAAGUGCAAGUCUUAUUAUUUGGAAAAUCAUGGGAUCUCAACAAAAUAUGCUACAAAUCAGGCGUCCCAAUAAUUGAAAAUGGAAUGAUUGCACGGAUGAUUGAGAAGCUCUUCCCUUGUGUUAUUGUGACUCCACUGGAUUGUUUCUGGGAUGGUGCCAAACUACAAGGCGGAUCUGCUUAUCUACCAGGCCGGCGGGAUAUUCAGUGGACCAAUUUAGAUCCUAUUCAACUGAUGGAGGAACUGGGUCAAUUUGCCUCACUGGAAGGAUUCAAGGAGAUGCUGGAUAAGGCAGAGGUUAGCCAGGCCUAUAUGGAGCGACCUUGUCUCGAUCCUUUUGACCCUGAGUGUCCUCCUAGUGCUCCCAACAGCCAAAGCCAGAAGAGACCACACAUCCCUUCUGAACUCACAGGUGGCUGCCAUGGCUUCUCCCGGAAAUACAUGCACUGGCAAGAGGAACUCAUCUUGGGGGGCACAGUAAAGGAUCCUCAAGGCAAAUUGCAAAAAGCUGAAGCCCUGCAAAGCAUGUUCCUGCUGAUGAGCCCACGACAACUUUAUGAGCACUACCGGGAUGACUAUGAGAUACAUGAUAUCAGCUGGAGUGAGGAGAAGGCUGCUGCUGUGCUGGAAGCUUGGCAGCGGGAGUUUGUUGAGGUGGCCCAGGAAUCUCUGCCUGCAAAUUAUUCUCAGACUAUUCAUGCCUUCUCUACCACCACGCUCAGUGAUAUCAUGAAGUCCUUUUCAGAUGUGAGUGCCAUCCGUGUGGCUGGUGGUUAUCUGCUAAUGCUAGCGUAUGCUUGCGUCACCCUGCUGCGCUGGGACUGCUCCAAGUCGCAGGGUGCUGUGGGCCUGGCUGGGGUUCUCCUAGUUGCUCUUUCAGUAGCAGCAGGACUUGGACUUUGCUCCUUACUUGGACUUUCAUUCAAUGCAGCCACCACUCAGGUGCUGCCCUUCCUGGCACUUGGCAUUGGCGUGGAUGACAUGUUCUUGCUAGCACAUGCCUUCACGGAGACUAGUCAGCAUGUCCCUGUCAAGGAACGGACUGGUGAAUGCCUACGGCGUAGUGGCACCAGUGUGGCACUCACAUCUGUCAAUAACAUGAUUGCCUUCUUCAUGGCUGCCCUUGUGCCUAUCCCAGCAUUGCGUGCCUUCUCUCUACAGGCUGCAGUAGUGGUUGUUUUUAACUUUGCCAUGGUGCUGUUCAUUUUUCCUGCCAUUCUGAGUCUGGAUCUUCACAGGCGUGAAAACAAGAGGCUUGAUAUUCUUUGCUGCUUCUACAGCCUCUGUUCUGCACGUGUCAUCCAGAUCCAACCGCAAGAAUACGCUGAUGUGAAUGACAACCAUACUGCUCCGACAUAUCCCCAUGGUCAUCCAGCCCUGACAGCCAGCACACAUAUCACUACCACUGUACAGGCCUUUACUCAGUGUGACUCCUCUGGGAGACAUGUAGUCACUAUUUUACCACCCACACAGCAUGUGUUUACCACUCCUUCCACUCUCCUUCCUGCCAAUCCUCUGGGCUCACAAAUCUUCACUCCUGCCAGUUCCACUCGAGAUCUUCUGGCACAGCUAGAUGAAAGCAAAGGAGCCCAAGAAUGUGUACCCUUGCCGCUUUGUCGGUGGAAUCUUUCCAGCUUUGCUCGUGACAAAUAUGCGCCCAUCCUGCUGCAGAGCCAAACUAAGGGAAUUGUGGUAGCUCUAUUCCUAGCCCUGCUGGGCCUCAGCCUCUAUGGUACAACCAAGGUGCAUGAUGGACUCUACCUGACGGAUAUUGUACCACGAGGUACAAAGGAGCAUGCCUUCAUUUCAGCUCAAUUCAAGUAUUUCUCCUUUUAUAACAUGUUUGUGGUAACAAAUGGAGGCUUUGACUAUCCAAGCUCACAGGAAGCUCUUUACAGCCUGCAUCAGGCCUUUGCUGCCAUCCAGUAUGUAGUACGUGAGGAGAACCACCAGUUGCCAAAGAUGUGGUUGCACUACUUCCGAGAUUGGCUACAAGAUCUACAGGCAGCCUUUGACCAAGAUUGGGAAGCUGGGCACAUCACCAGGGAAAAUUAUCGGAAUGGUUCGGAAGAUGGUGUUCUUGCUUAUAAACUCCUUAUCCAGACGGGCAACAAGAAAGAGCCUUUCAACUUAAAUCAACUAACAACUCGCCGUCUGGUCGAUGAAAAUGGGAUAAUUCCCCCUGAUAUCUUUUACAUCUGCUUGACAGUGUGGGUGAGCAAUGAUCCGCUUGGUUUUGCUGCUUCCCAGGCCAACUUCUAUCCGCCACCCCCGGAAUGGAUCCAUGAUAGAUAUGAUGCUACCGGUGAAAACCUUCGAAUCCCAGCUGCACAGCCCCUGGAGUUUGCUCAGUUCCCUUUCUACCUCAAUGGGCUGCAACAGACAUCGGACUUCGUGGCAGCUAUAGAGAGUGUGCGUGCCAUCUGUGAUGAGGUGGCCCAGACGCGUGGAGUAUUUAGCUACCCCAGCGGAUAUCCAUUCCUCUUCUGGGAGCAGUACAUUGGCUUGCGCCACUGGCUUCUGCAGGCCAUCAGCAUUGUGCUGGCCUGCACAUUUCUGGUCUGCACCCUGCUGCUACUCAAUCCUUGGACUGCCAGUAUCAUUGUAUUUGUUUUGGCAAUGAUGACAGUUGAGCUUUUUGGCAUCAUGGGCUUGAUGGGCAUCAAACUGAGUGCAAUCCCUGUUGUCAUCCUAAUUGCUUCUGUAGGCAUUGGUGUGGAAUUCACUGUACAUGUAGCUCUGGGGUUUCUCACGGCCAUCGGCAGCCGGAACCUGCGCUCCACUGUGGCUUUAGAGCACAUGUUUGCUCCUGUAAUGGAUGGUGCUGUUUCCACUCUACUUGGUGUACUUAUGUUGGCAGGCUCAGAAUUUGAUUUCAUUCUGAGGUAUUUCUUUGCUGUGCUUACUAUCCUGACUAUUCUGGGGCUACUUAAUGGCCUGGUACUGUUGCCUGUGCUACUUUCUGUUAUUGGACCACCUGCAGAGGUCACUCCAGCAGAUAAUGGCAGCCGCUUGCCAACACCGUCACCUGUCCCACCACCUAUCAACCAUCAUAGCUUCUACAUUCGCCAACACGGAAAUGCUUUCGGUGACUCCUCAGACUCAGAGUACUAUUCAGAGACAGUUAGUGCAUCAGAGACUGGUGAAGAUGACCGCAGCACAUAUAUCAUCUCCCCAGCACAAUCACAGAUCUUGGUCAAGGCCAGCAAAAGUCCUAAUUUCCCCCAAAUCACUGUGGUAAAAAGCUACAAGACAAGCCUAGAAUCACCUUUAUCAUUGUGCAGCCCCGAAUGGACCCAAUCCACAACUCCUGGUGGCCAUUUGCCAGCAUCUGUCACAGAAAUCAAAAGUUGUUUGCAGCAGCAAGAACAGCCCAAUCACAGACUAGGGUCUCAAUUGGCUCAGCCUACUCCCAAUCCUCUUCAGACUAACUCCAUUACUCACAGCACCAAAAUACCACCUUCAGGAUCUGGUGGCACUUUCACUACAGUAACAGCUACUGCCUCGGUGAUGUUGGCCUUGCACCCACCUUUGCCUGGAUCUUGCCGGGGCUAUACACAUGAGGGAUUUGAAUUUGAUGAUAGCUCUGAAAAAACUGGCCCCAAACCAUCGGACACUUUGGAACUACAGGACCUAAAGCAGAAUCAUUAGCCAUCCACAUUUGCCAAGCCAAGUCACUGGCUCUAGAACUCUUGCCUCAGGGGCUGGCCGGCAUCCCAAGUGAGAAUGGGGGCCAGACACAUCCCACAUCACAGAUUGUGAAGUUUGCUGUAUUUAUGGAAACUCUUGCACUGCAUCUAACCAACUGCGGGCAUGAUCAGUACAGCUGAGAACAAAGAGACCAGAUUAUCUUCAGUAUCGAUAUUGCAAAAAAAGCUGAUAGGGGAAUAUCUCAGCAUUUCCAGGUGUAUUUGGCACCAAAAAGCAUUCUGAUUUCCUGGGUAUCAGGGCCUAGAUUUUGUACCCUUAGUUUGGGCCAGUGACCCAUAUAAUAUCAGGCCUACUUGAAUCUGAAAAAUGAAAAUGACCAUUCUCCACAAGCUAUGAACCAUCUCAUGGCCUUCUUUGGGCUAGCUGCCCAAACAGCCACCCUCCAUGGAGAAAACAGGACUCAACUAGGUGUGGGGAACUCUCCCACAUUGUGCUGCUAUUCUUUUAUUUUAUUAAUAUUAUUAUAAUAAUUAUUAUUAUUUUAAACUGUAUAAAAAGAGACACCAACCCUCCCCCUUAUAAUUAUAAUAAUUAUUUUUAUUAUUUUCACGGCUCUCUCAGUAAAUAUGUGGCAAUUUCCCUUUGAGGGGAAACACCAGGGUGAAGUUGUAAUAGGGAGAGCACCCCUAUUGUAAUGUGGAGUGAAAGGAGAAUGCAAUGGUGGGGGCAUGAUGUGUCUUAAGUUUCUAUGCAAACUGUGUGGGACAGACUGCAUUCUGCUCUGGUUCCCACCAGUAGUACUGCCUGUCCUAGCAUCUGGGAUGUCACUGUUCUGGAUCCUAUUCCUACACCUCCCCCCCCCCAUCCCUAUACUGUAUAAACUUUCUCUUACUUUGCUUGCCUCUUGUAUCAACUGAAAAUGUUUAUGACACAAAUGUCCCCUAAGCUAUUUCUGAUUAGUGUUUAAAUGUUCUGUUCAUGACUAAUAGAAAUAAGGGAUUAUUCAAGAGAGUUUUUGAAAUUUCCCCCACCCAGGAAAAAACAUAGUCAGGCUUCAAAUAUCAGAGAAAGAUAGAUUUAUCCCUAUUCCUGUUACAUGGCACAAUGCCAGAGUACAGAAUGGUUGCAUACAUACGUUGAUUACAAAGCCUGUGUUGCACAUAAGGAUUGAGGAUAUCUAGGAAAAAAAAACACUCAAAGAAGAAACAAGGAUUUUGUGUAGUGCCCUCACUGAGAGAAUGUUAUGAAAUAAGGUCACUCACUCCAUGGUAUUAUUCGGCUGAUGUCAUGCAUACUCAUUGAGAUCUUUUUACAGAUAAUACUUUUCCUCUGCUGAGAUGGAUUGGCCUCCUCAGCUUUGUGAUUAUAGCAAAAUACUCAAGCUGCACUUGGUAGCCAAGUGUGGCUUAAGCAUUUCUUUCCCCUAUACCAGAGGAAAUUUUUAUGUAAAAGAAACUUUAUGCAUGAAACUACCCUUUGAUAUUUUGAGCUGACAGAAACCCCUCCCAUUUAGUAAGAUUUUGGUGCAAUUGUCAAAGCAGAAAUGUUUAUCUCCUGCCUAAAAAUUAAUCUUGUAGUUGCAGGUUCUGUUCUUGAAUUCUCCUUCUAAUUCAGUUUCUUUGGUAGAAAAUUAAAAAUGAAUUAUCAUUCGGCAAUAGCUUCUAAAGGAGAAGUCCCAAUUCCAAUAUAUAGGCUUGGUUUCUGCAUAACCAAGUCAAUACUGCUUUAUAAAACAGUUUGGUUUGUCCAUUCUCUUUCAGAAUGUCAGCUUGCAUUCUCCAUGAACUUUAAAGUGACGGUUUCUGGCCAGGUCUAGUCUGGGCACCACAAGAGAAUGACUGAUACCACAUAUGUUAAAACACAAAUUUUCCUGGUGUUAAAACAGCUUAUAAUUAUUUAUUUAUUCCUUUCUUUCUGCCCUUUUCCAAAGGAGAAAAGAUGGCAGCUGGAGCAAUAUUUUCUUUGGGUUGGGUCUAUUUACAUGAGGUUACCAACUUCCUUAUGUUAAACUACUCCCUAUUUAAGUUAGCAUCGAAUCAAAUGAUAAAUUUCCUUAAUGUACUAUUCUUUCAUCUGCUUGGAUAUUAAGCCUGCCAAACAUGGCAAUUUUCCACAAAGAAUAAGAAAGCAAGGCAUAUGGAUUUAGAUGAUUUCAUUAGUCACCUACAUCAGUCCAAUAGACUGGAGAUCAAGCAACUCAAUGCCCUCUAAAUAUUUCGCAGUUCAACUUCCAUUAGUCCUAGCAUAACCGCUAGCAAGGAAUUGUGGGAGUUGUAGUCCAAAACAUGAAGAAGGCACUAGGUUGUCUACCCACACAGGUUGCAAGAAAUUAGAGGCUGAGGCUGCAACUGGCAAAACUUUUAAGUGAAGGAUUUUUGAUAUUGUGAGAUAGAAACAAUCUAACCUAUUAUUUACAUACAUGUGAACACAUGCAGCUUUCUUACAAAAAAGAUGAAGUGAUUCAAAACAAAAUUAAUGUACCAGUUAAGGCCGGUAAAUCGUUUUAGCUGAUCCUGAUUAUUGAUUUGGGGAUUUCAGAAGUCAGAAAAUCCCUCCCUAUAGACUUCUAGGCAUGAUGCUGCCCAACAUUUAGACACUAAUAGUUUACCAUUUUAACCAUGGUGUAAUUAUGUUCAGUAAGUUAACUUUUUAAAGCAUUGUCAGUGUAAUUGCUAGCCACUCUGAGGGCUUCACUUGAACUUGUGACAUGCUUAGAAAAAAAAAUGAUAUCAUCACUUUGAGCGCAGAGGCUGUUAUCACAAUCAACCCAUAUUCUUACAAGAAUUGAUUCUUGUCGGAAUCCAUUGACAUUCUUCCUUCUAAACCCCAGGCACUUUAACCCCUUCCCUUCACCAAGAACUGCUGUAAAUUUAUUUCCCAGCCAAAGUUGCAUUCACUUGUUGUUACCAAGGGAAUAUACUUCUGAGAUUUUCACAUCCGUGUAAGGUGAAAACUUCAGUAGGUUUAUGUCUCUUGUUAAAAUGAGCACAUUCAGUUUAUUUUAAACCAUCACUGAUUUCUGGAGUCCAGAGAAAUUUCCCAAAACUAAUUUACUAUAGGGCCACUGACCUGGCCAGCAUUUAGAUCAGGGGUGUCAAACUCAAUUUCAUUGAGAGCCGCAUCAGCAUUGUGGUUGCCCUG